AGUGUGAACCGUGUUUAACUGUAUUAACCAGAACUAUCUACCAAAGCCUUGUCUAACUCUUUUGGUCUCGUCUUGGUAAUCUGAGAGACACAAAAGCUCAGAUUUUUGUCUUUCAGGAUUAAUCGAAGCAGAAUCAGUCCAAUCAAAAAUGUUGUUUAUUCCCUAGUUAAUUGUGCAAGCGAAAUAAUGAAGCACAGAUGCUGCACUAAUUCUACUCUCCUAUUACCAAGAAAGUAAAGUGUUAUGAUGAGGGGAUUCACUAGUAAAAUUACUGAUUGAGAUUUGGUAUGAAGUAUGAACUUAAUGUACCAGAACAACCACAAAGAACAGCCACAAAUUAAAAAGGAAAAAGUGCCUUACUUUAGUCAUAUGAGGCACUUGUGGAAGUAGCUUGCAUUUCUGCCCAAGUUAUUUGCCCACUUUCAUCUCUGCUGCUGCUGCUCUAGUUUGUUUUUCUGCUACGACGGCUCAAGGUGGACCUUUGGAUAUCUGGACUUUCUUAAUCUGGAUUUGUUCUGGAAAUGAUACGUCUCACAUACUGGAACAAGACAAAAUUAGAUAAAUGUAGCAUUUUGACAGUAACAUUUUACCAAAAAAGUCCAGAUCUCUGACUCUGUCAGGCAAAACCUUCUUGAUGAGGUCCAAGGUUUGGUCAGUUUCCAAGCUCAGCUCUCAGCAACGUGUGCUCCUGGGACAGGAGCCAUCACCAAGAGCUAAUCACCCAAUCAGAGACGGACUUGGAGUAAGGCAGCAAUUUUCAGUAAAAACAGAUUUCGUAAUUUUUUUACACACUUUUAGACUGAGACAGCAAAUGUAUUAAGAUACUGUAGAGAUACUAUCUCACAAUUCAGACUCGCAUUCAAGGUUUAAAUCAAUCAGCAUUUGAAGUUACAACUAUUAACGGAUUAUUAAGAAAACCUUUUGAGCACAAGGUUAAAUGCUGCUCUUAUUUUGAAGAUAAGGUGAAGCCUUCUGCCGGAAAUAAAGGAUUAUUUUGGGGACACCCGUGGUCCAGUGGGGACAUUUUGAAGAACCGAGAGAAACGUUGUUCUUGUGGGUGAAGGGUCAAAUCUGAGGUGUUUAUGCACUGCAAUACACUGCUAGAAAUGUGUGAAGGUCCAACAUUUACUGUCCUAAACAAAAGAUGCAAUGUGGGUGGGGACCUACUGGAACUCUCCCAUUUGUCAGCAGAAGCUGUGACAGUGGGGUGUCCUAAGCAGUUUUUGUGUGGGGAUUGAACACAGACGAGAGUGAUAAACAAAGCUUUCAAAAAAAUCAGCAGAUGAGAAGAGAAAAUCCUGGAUAUGAAUGGAGGCAGCUGCAAUUUUGGACAGUACAGGCUACCGUAGGGCUGGCCUGACCUGACAGGCAUCCUUCCACAUACGUUCUCACUGGCAGGUCACCUUUGCCUCUGCAUCGAUUCUGCUUCCCAAGCCAUGCACCCUCAGCGUCCUCUUCCCCAGGCCAUGCCUGCGCCCUCUUUGGGGCAGCACCUGCGGGACAUGACCAUGGGUCUCGGACGGGGCAAGAAUUUCCUGGGAGGGAAUUUUUCCUAUGGUUUCAUCCAGUCGGUUAAGGAGUGUCUUUAUUUCCUCCUCUGCUGCUGGUGUAUAAAGGAGAUUCUUGACUGAAGGACCGAAAGAAAACACGAGCUGUAAACAUUCGACGUAUUAAAUGCAAUUUUAAUCUGCAUUUGUUUGGAGCAAAUGAAGAACAUUCUUGGAAAAGCUGUGUGUCCAUAUGAAGUCCAUUUUGAGGUUUGAGGAAUCAUUCUUCAAAGCUACUUGACUGGGGUCAACAUUUUAGAGCAUCACUCUGAAGAUCCUGGAAUUUUUUGGACUGUGCUAACCUGCUUUUCCUUGAUGUGCCAAUAAACUAAAUAUUUCUACCUU